AUGGGUGAGAUUCCCAGGAUUAUAUCAAGUUGGUCAAACCUUAUUCAUCUCGUCAUCGAGGGCAACCAAUUGGUUGGGGGAAUUCCAGGGGAGCUAGGCUCCUUGUCAAAUCUAAAAGCGGUCAGCUUUCAUGCGAACCAAUUAACUGGCAGCAUCCCUUCAUCCAUAGGGAACUUAUCAUCUUUGAAGGACAUUUUUUGGGCCUACAACUGUUUGAGUGGGAUUAUUCCCAAAUCUCUAGGUCGACUGACCAAGCUAGAGAUGCUGUACUUGGAAAUGAACGGGCUUUCAGGUACCAUUCCGCCUUCGAUCUUCAACCUGUCUUUGCUGACUACAUUUAGAGUUUGUGGGAACCAGAUCCGCGGCAAUCUUCCGGAAGAUAUAGGAUUCACACUCCCAAAUCUUCAAGUUUUGAGCAUUUUUCAAAACCAAUUCGCUGGAUCAAUUCCUUUGUCGAUAUCCAAUGCCACAAAUCUAGAAAAGCUCCAAUUUGGAGGCAAUGAGCUCUCCGGAAAAGUCCCUUCGUUGGCGAAUCUCCAUAACCUUCAAAAGGUUACCUUAGACACUAAUUAUCUCGGGAGUGGAGGGUCCGAUGUAGAUGAGCUGAGCUUCCUUUGCUCACUAACAAAUGCCCCUCACUUGAUGGUAUUGACGAUGAAUGACAAUAGAUUUGGUGGGAUGCUUCCUUUAUGCAUCGGUAAUAUUUCCGCUACUUUAAUGAUCCUGUUAGCAGGCCAUAAUCUGAUAUGA